GAGGAAUGGCAGCCGUUCACGGUGGGUCUCCCGAGUGCAGGACGGAUAAAUCGGAUGCUGGCCUAGGAGCCACACCAGUGGAGGCAAGUAAGCUGUUUUCGUUUAUUAUUCAGGCUAGACCCCCAUCGCUCAGUCUUUGUCUGUCCCUGUCGGUCCCUCUACGUGCAAGCAAAUCCUGUUGUCCCUGGCUCCAGGGCCCCGUCGUCCAGAUCAGACCAGAUCCUGCUCCCCGCUGGCUGUCAUUAUGUCUCACAUCGACGAGCAACUAGAGAUGGCGGAGGUCGAUGCUCGGCCCCAUACUAAUGGCGCGAGCAAGGAAGAAGGCCUCGAGAGGCCAUCAUCUUCAGGCACCACUGGCUCGACCAGUUAUAGUAGCUCGAUUGAAUACAAUCCCCAGCUGCACACUCUCCAUUCGCGAAACACUGAACUCGACCUAGAGCGUCAUCGCACGGCCACCUCCCAUGCCCUAAGCAGGAUCGAAACCCAACGGCUUCAGCAUCAGUUGACCGUGGGUGAAAGCGUCAAGUCUCGCGCCUCACGAGCGCCCUUACCUCGCAUGGGCGCCAACAAGGAUUAUCCACCGCCUCUUCCCGAUCGAGAAGACUAUGUCGUCGAAUUUGACGGCCCCGAGGAUCCUCUAUACCCCCAGAACUGGAAAUUGGGGACGAAGAUUUACAUCAGCGCCAUCCUCGCCUUCACCAGUAUCUGCAGUACCUUCGAUUCGGCUAUCUUCAGCUCCUCUACCACCAACGUUGCGCGGGUGUUCGGUGUAGGCAUUGAAGUCGCCACCCUGUCGAGUUCGUUGUAUAUCUGCGGUUAUGCGUCCGGACCCUUGGUGUGGGCACCCCUCUCCGAGCUGAAGGGACGGAAGCCACCCAUUCUGUUGGCUAUGUUGGGAUUCGGUAUUUUCAAUACCGCUGUCGCUGUCGCCAAGGAUCUGCAGACGAUCAUGAUCUGUCGCUUCUUCUGUGGUGUCUUUGGCAGUUGUCCGCUGGCGGUUGUGGCUGCCGUUUUCUCCGAUAUCUAUAACAACCGCACCCGUGGUGUCGCUAUUGCCAUGUUCUCCAGCACAGUGUUCCUGGGUCCGCUUCUGGCUCCAUUCAUCGGUGGUUUCAUCAACUCAUCGUACCUCGGUUGGCGCUGGACCGCCUACAUUCCCGCGUUCAUGGGCUAUGCUGCCUUCGUGUUGAACAUGUUCUUUUUGAAGGAAUCCUAUCCCCCGAUUAUCCUGGUCUCAAAGGCUUCAGAACUGCGCCGUCGCACAAAGAAUUGGGGCAUCCACGCCAAGCAGGAGGAAAUCGAGGUUGACUUGCGGGAGUUGCUCGUCAACAACUUCUCCCGUCCCCUUCGGCUGCUCUUUGGCGAGCCAUUGAUUUUGGCGGUGACAGUCUAUCUCAGUUUCAUCUAUGGCUUGUUGUACUGCUUCCUGACAGCCUACACACUCGUCUUCCAGGGCGUGUACGGCAUGUCUGCUGGUGUUAGUGGAUUGACGUUAUUCGGCAUGGUGGUCGGUUUGUUCAUUGCGGCCUCCUAUAUCGUUUUCGCUAGUCGGGGGUACAACAAGAAGUUAGAGGCCAAUGGGGGCAUUCCCGUCCCUGAAUGGCGUUUGCCGCCUGUGAUUAUCGGUGGUGUGCUCUUCGCUGCAGGACUGUUCUGGUUCGGUUGGACCGGUUUCACGAAGAGUAUCCAUUGGAUUGUACCCACACUGAGUGGAUUGUUCACUGGAUUUGGACUGUUGAUCAUCUUCAUCCAGUUGUUCAACUAUCUGAUUGAUACUUACCUGAUGUUUGCCGCAUCGGCUAUCGCAGCGAACACCUUCUGUCGUUCCCUGGUGGCAGCCAGCUUCCCCCUCUUCUCGCGUCAGAUGUUCGACAACAUGGGCAUUCAGUGGGCUGCCACGCUGCUGGGCUGCGUGGCGUCUAUUCUGGUGCCUAUCCCGGUUGCUUUCUAUUUCUAUGGUAAGAACCUGAGGAAGCGGAGCAAGUUUGCUCCGUUUUAUGACAAGGUUGCCGAGUCUCAUGCAGAGGAUCCGGUGGAGGAGGACGGAGUCGCGGAGCACUAAAGGCUUCAUUAAUUAACAAAAGUUUUGCAUAUAGCUAUGUGGGCGAUUGCUAUUUUUCAUACCCUGUACAUUAUUAAUGUUAAUGUGGAUAAUCGGAAUAUUGAUAAUGAUUAGACGCG